CGGCUCUCCCCUCCUCUGUCGGGAAGGGAAGGAUCCAAGCCCUCGCCCUCCUCCGCCUCUGAUCCCCGCCGGCCGCCGCCGCCCUCGCAACCCUCGCAGCAGCAGCAGGAGGAGGAGGGUUCGGGUGGUGGUUGCCGUCCGUCGUCCGAUUUCGAGCAGCCUAGCCUCCCGCCGCUCGUCGUCGUCGUCGGCGGCGAUGGCGGCGAAGCGGCCCGCGGCGGGGGAGGGAGGAGGGAAGGCGGCAGCGGGCGCCGCGGCGGCCAAGAAGCGCGUCGCGCUUGUCAACAUCACCAACGUUGCCGCCGCGGCCAACAAUGCGAAAUUUAAUUCAGCUACCUGGGCUGCACCUGUGAAGAAGGGAUCUUUGGCCAGUGGCCGCAAUGUGUGCACGAAUCGGGUCUCAGCGGUGAAAUCGGCUUCCGCCAAGCCAGCUCCGGCCAUAUCCCGCCAUGAGAGCGCCCCACAGAAGGAGUCAGUUAUUCCUCCUAAAGUGCUUAGCAUUGUUCCGACUGCUGCACCCGCACCUGUCACUGUACCCUGCAGCAGCUUCGUCUCCCCUAUGCAUUCAGGAGAUUCAGUUUCGGUUGACGAGACGAUGUCGAUGUGUGACUCAAUGAAAAGCCCAGACUUUGAGUACAUUGAUAAUGGGGAUUCCUCCUCAGUUCUAGGUUCCUUGCAGCGAAGAGCAAACGAGAACCUGCGUAUCUCAGAGGAUAGAGAUGUUGAAGAAACUAAGUGGAAUAAGGAUGCUCCUUCCCCAAUGGAAAUCGACCAAAUUUGUGAUGUUGACAAUAACUACGAGGAUCCGCAGUUGUGUGCUACUCUUGCUUCUGAUAUCUACAUGCACUUGCGCGAGGCCGAGACCAGGAAACGUCCAUCAACUGAUUUUAUGGAAACAAUCCAAAAGGAUGUAAACCCAAGCAUGAGAGCGAUCCUGAUAGACUGGCUUGUGGAAGUCGCUGAAGAAUAUCGUCUUGUUCCUGAUACAUUAUACCUGACAGUUAACUACAUUGAUCGUUAUCUUUCUGGCAAUGAGAUCAAUCGUCAAAGACUGCAAUUACUUGGAGUUGCUUGUAUGCUUAUUGCUGCAAAAUACGAGGAGAUAUGUGCACCUCAAGUAGAAGAAUUCUGCUAUAUAACUGACAACACAUACUUCAGAGAUGAGGUUUUGGAAAUGGAAGCUUCUGUCCUGAAUUACCUGAAGUUUGAAGUGACUGCACCUACAGCAAAAUGCUUUUUGAGGAGAUUUGUCCGUGUUGCACAAGUAUCGGAUGAGGAUCCAGCAUUGCAUCUUGAGUUCCUAGCCAAUUAUGUUGCUGAGCUAUCACUGCUGGAGUACAAUCUACUUUCUUACCCUCCUUCACUAGUAGCGGCAUCGGCUAUUUUCUUGGCCAAAUUCAUACUGCAGCCAACAAAGCACCCUUGGAAUUCCACCCUUGCUCACUACACACAAUACAAGUCGUCAGAGUUAAGCGACUGUGUAAAGGCAUUGCACCGCCUUUUUAGCGUUGGUCCCGGGAGUAACCUUCCUGCAAUCAGGGAGAAGUAUACCCAACAUAAGUACAAAUUUGUGGCGAAGAAGCACUGCCCGCCCUCAGUUCCAUCCGAAUUCUUUCGCGAUGCGACGUGCUGAAUUAGAAAAAAAAACAGGAUUAGUUACAGUUGCUGACUGAAUUCUUCCUCCAGAGGCAUGCUGAUUGCCCCCCUGUUCUUUCAGGUGGUUUGGCCGAGUGUAGAUUCUAAGAUCGAUGCUGCAGCUGUGUGUGGUAACUUUUAUGAUACUGCAUGCAGCUGAUGUGAUCGACUUGAACAUGGUGAUUCAGCGAGAAGCUUAGUAGAUCAUUGUAUCUGGACAUAUCUUUGCCAAGAAAAAAAUAUGUUUUUAUAGGCAAAUGCAUUUAAGAAUGUGAAAAUAUUAUGUCAAUGUCCCUGUCAAUGCAACCUUCUUGAAGAAGUCAUGCUCAAGCUAUUUCCAUACUGGAAGCUAAGCACAGCUGUUUAGACGUGCAUACCUACGUGUAGCACAAUCAUAUUGUACUUAGAACUAAUUAAUCAUAGGGAAAAAAAAUGUAAUCUACAGAGAUCGUGCCAACUGUGCCUUUAGCAAAGCACGGUUAGCAACGACAGGUAUAUAUCGCCUCUCUUCCAGUUGUUAUUAUGGCAGCUAACUAAUUGGCCUGGAGGGUUCGAGAAGAUUGCGUUGCAUGUUCACCACAGCAAUAUUUUGAACUUGCAUGAUUGAUUUGAAUUAAUUUGAGCCUUGAUGGGUUCAUAAGCAUGAUUGGUUCAUGUA